AUGCGGAGAAACUACGGUACCUGGAUCAUGACCCGCGCCUUCCCACUGUUGUCUCUGGACGAUGUAAUGAGAUGGGAUGGGGUCACUCCCUACAGCGCUCUCUUCCUUCCAUUUGGAGAUAGAGGCCACAGCGCUGCAACCGAUGUUCUCUCCAAGGUCCGUGAGGUUAGCACGGAGCGAGAAGUCCGUGCUGCCGUGGAAACUUUGGCCGUUUUUGUCAAGGAUAUCGCAGAGUCACAGUCAAUCCUUGAUACGGACCACGAUAUUUUAGAGGACUUUGACGAGACAAAUGGAAAUUGCAACCAUGUUUCAAUCGUGCGGUGGAAAGCUCUUGUUCGUCAUCUUCGGCAAGCCACCGUCGACCUCCACGAUUCUUGCCUUGCGGACACCUACCUUGUCGCAAUAAAAGCAGCCAUCGAGUUCUCAGCUCACGUUGGAACAAAGCUCAUGCCAGAUUGUCCAAAGUAUGAGUCGGACGAAGAUGUUUGACGAAGCAAGCUACUUACUUGAUUCAAUGCUAUGAACCCUAACCUGUCUUAUAUACAUAGUAUAAUGGCUGAGUACACUUGUAGACAGUGAUGCGUCCAGGCGGGGCAUCAGAGUGGCGUGCUGUGCGAGAAGCCCUUAUCAAAUCUUGCCAGUCUCUCUCAAAAAAAAAUAAUCAUAGGUUGACAAAGAACUGGAGUCGAGUCGAGUUGAUGACACAUGUCCAACAAACACGACUUCCGCUACACGACGAGACCUACCGCUAGUUCGGAAGCAAUAAAGUCUGCGGUUUCAAUCUUAUAUUGGGAUUUAUACAUAUGGGUUUUCGUUUGUCUGGAUCCCUGCAGCAUUCAUCACCAAGUUUAUUGACGACAACAACCAUCCAGUGACUUCUGAACGAAAACACCAACUAGAUGUACACUCAAAAGGACGAGCCAUACUAUUCAUCUACACUGGGAAUCACAACACCACAAAACCGAGUGUUACACCCAUGGCAAAUCCAUCAUCUUUGUGAGUUGUCGUGUCAUGUAUAGGUUUGAAGUCUCGUACUUAGUUACGCCCAGGCAGAUGUAGCUGCUCCAUUCUUUUCGUCAUCAUCAUCCGUCUCGGAAUUCUCGGUUGGCGGCGUCUGAUGAUAGGGCCAUUCGGGAUCCUGAUAUUCUUGCAUUGGAAUCUGCUUCAUGGCCUUUGUCGGGGACAAUCCCAAGACAUCCUUCAUGCGUCGUCCGGCUUUCAAGUAGCGUCGAAUAUUGUUGGCAUUGGCCGACCAUCGAAAGGAAUCACGAGCAAACGCCGGUGCCAACCUUUCAUAGACACG